AACUGAAGAAUAAGAAUGCAUCUUGCUGCAUUUUGUAUGUGUUCAUCACACCAAUGUGUAUGGCAGGCUUUUGAUGAGGCUAUCUCUGAGCUGGAUACUUUGGGCGAGGAAUCAUACAAGGAUAGCACAUUGAUCAUGCAACUUCUCCGAGACAAUUUGACAUUGUGGACCUCUGACAUCACGGAGGAUGCUGGAGACGAAAUCAAAGAAGCUUCUAAGAAAGAAUCAGAAGGCUAGACUUGGACCAAUAUUGAACAAGAACUGGGUUUGCUGUGCAGAUGGGCCCUGUAUUUUCCUGUUGUUUUUAGAUGCCAAUUUGGUCUGUUGUAGCAAAAGAUUUCUUUGUCAACUCACAAAUCAUGAAUUUUGUGGCACUUGGGUUGGAACAUUUGAAUGGAUUGUAAACUUUGCCUUUAUGGUAUUUAACAAAAGAAUUUGGCUUGAUUGAUUGCAUGUUAA